AUGUUCGUGUCACGGACUCCUUUGACCGAUGUCAUAAUCGGCAAAGCUCAAAGUAACUCUGAGGUUUUCAUACCAAACAGAGUAGGCAAAGCUCAAAGGAACACUGGAGGUUUCAUGCCUAAGACAAAGGAAGCAACUGUUUCCAACUCUGAGAAGAUGAUGAUAUUGAAAAUCAUGAUACAAAAAUCUACACAAAAGCUAUUGUUUGCGCAAGCAGAGGAUGAUUUUGCCGAUUUUCUCUUUAGUUUGCUCACGAUCCCACUCGGUGGAGCUUUGUCACUUUUGGGGACCAACACUGGUGUUACAAGUUUGGACAAUUUUUAUGUGAGUGUGGAAAGUAUUAAUGGUGAUAAGUACUUAACUAAAGACAGGACCAAAUUUCGAAAAACCGAACUCCCUAUUGGAUAUAUGUCCUCAAACCAAAUUCUCCCUCUAACUGAAGGAGGAUCUCCUGAACUCCAUUUUGUUAGAGCUUCCGAAUAUCUUGGCAGGUAUUUGUCUCCCUCAACCGUGACAUAUAAAAAAACACGAACUCUGUCCAUUUUGCUUCAUCACAAGUCUCCAAAAGUGUGUGGGAAUUAUGUAAAGGGUCCAACAAUGUAUAUGGUCACGGAUGAUUUAACCGUGACUCCAUUGUGUGUGACCUCAAGCCUUUCUAUAUUGGACCGUCUGGGAAUCUCCUUGUCUGAUGUCCAAGAACUGGAGCUUAACAUUGGAUUGGAAGAGGCUCUGAGCAUUUUGAAGGCAUCUCUUACCUCGACUUCGGCCCUGACCAAUGCCCUUUUUAGUCCAUCAUCAAAAAAGCAACCACCGAAAAAGCGUGUUAAAAAAGAACACUGA